AUGGAACAUUAUACCUUGCACCUUGCGAAUGACGGUAAAGUACCUAUCCCACGAGGGCCAAACCUCGGAAGUGUGACGUCGAAAAGGCGAGUCAACCGGGCAUGUGACCCUUGUCGUGAACAGAAGGCAAAAUGUAGUGGCCAAUAUCCCGCGUGUCAACGGUGCCGGCAAAGUGACAUCAUGUGUAUCUACUCGGACAAUAAACGAGAACGAGAUAACAAGCGAUCGGCCGAUUAUCAAUCUCGAGUACAAGUGCUCGAAGACCUCCUACGGAACUUGCAUCCCCAUCUUGAUCCUGGAUUAGCUACACUGGUCGAGGACGUUAUCAAUGGGGUAAGAAGAUCAGGGUGUGUUUUUACCGACGAAAAGUCUGACGGUGUUCAGCUUCCGGUCACGUCUUCCACGACAUCAAGCCCGAACCCGGCGAAGGACGGCCAGCAAGCACCAAAUAACCCAGUACAGCCGACCGACCACACCGUCGAGGACCACAACCGGGACCGAGAUGCUCAGGCCACAGGAUUUGUGGGUAGGCCAUCCGAGGUGGCAUGGCUCCAUAAUCUGCAGAUGGGAUUGAACUCGCGCACCGAAACAACGCGUUCCUUGGGCCUGUCAGGAAUUCUCCCGCCUUGGUCUUCCAAUUACUUUCUCGAUGACAUGCAAGUUUUUUCGACGAAUCAAAGUCAUGAACUGGGCUGGCCCUCGGAGGAGGCUGCUACUGAGCUCGUUGAAAGCUAUUUUCAAAACGUACACGCUUCGUUUCCCCUUGUUGGAAAACUGUUAUUUUGGGAACAGUUUCGCUGUUUAUAUGCAAAUCGUGAUGUCCAACCUGGCACAAGAUGGAUUGCUAUUUUGAAUUUGAUAUUUGCUAUCGCUUCGCGGCACACCUGUCUCGUGAGAGAGCAAUCUGGAGCCGGCUUGUCCUACUUUACGCGAGCUUGGGAUCUUUACACGAAAGACUUUGUUGCAUUAGAACACCCAAGUCUACAACAGGUACAGAUUGAGUCUCUUAUAUCGCUCUACCUACUUUCGGUCGGUCAGAUUAAUAGGGCUUGGCGAAUGUGUGCCAUCGCAUUGCGAUCGGCAGUGGCUAUGGGUAUUCACCUUCGUACUGAAAAUGAAAACAUUUCCAGCAUAUCGAAGGAAACGAGGUAUAGGCUUUGGUGGGCAUUGUACUCAUUGGACGUUCAGCUAUGCCUAAUGACUGGACGACCACUCAACAUGGACCUGGAAUAUUGUACAACGCCUCUUCCGGUGCCGUAUCCAGAGGAGCAGUUUCUGGAUGCCCGUGUCGCACAAAUCAUCGCAGAUGAAGAUGCUAGGAAGGCUACGGUAGCAUAUUUCGCUACCUGUGUGGUCAACAAUGAUAGCGGAUUUCAGCAACGUUCACCAAGUUCUCUCCACUCCAUUGUGAGUGGAGGGUAUGAGAACAACCCAAAUACCACCUUCGCGCCGGAUAGCAUCGAGCCUAACACAUCCCUAUACUUCUUAUGCCGUGUAGGCCUUGCUUGCCUUGGUAGGCGCGCCAUGGACGAAAUUCACUCUCCUAGGACUGCGUCGCUUUUGUGGGAUGAGAUAGAAACUUCAAUUUCCAGGAACAACGCAUCUGUUGAUCACUGGAUGGCCCAACUACCAUCAUACUACAACUUUGAAAAAUCAUCGCGCAGUUCACCAUUUGCUCGUCAGCGCACUAGCCUCGCAUUCCGAUUCUACUCUAUUAAGCUCAUCAUCCUAGAGCCAUGCCUGCGCCGUUCGAUAGGGGUGCUGACCGAGGGUCCAUGUAGCUCCCGCUGCCAGGCCAUGGCUGCUAUGUGUAUGCAAGUAGCAGGGAAUGUCCUUAACCUUCUACCCGAUGAGCCGGACAUUCCCUGGAUAUACGAGUAUUGUCCAUGGUGGUCAAUUGUCCACUACAUCAUGCAAUCUUCCACCAUUCUCCUGGUCAGCCUUGCUGGUCAGAUUGAGCAUGACUCCGUACAACUUGAGAAACUGUCGCGCUAUAUCAGGAAGGCAUAUCGAUGGUUACAGGAGAUGUCCAGGACGGAUGAGCUCGCCAGACGAGCCUGCCAAAUUUUGCAAGAGGUAGCCACUCGUCACGUUCCGGAUUUG